CUCUACGUGCCAGGCCCCACUUCCUCCUCUGGCCGGAUCUAGCCCCCAGCCGGUGGCCCGGGUGUUGCUGCAUUAAUCAGCCUUGCAGGAGCUGAGGAUCACAUGGUCCUCUCGCUGCCUCCCCUCUUAGCUGCUGCUUGUCAGCAGCUGGCGGAGCUGGAGGCUGCAGGCCUCUGGCUACAGGGAGCCUUUGACUUCAAAUAUUGGGGCGGUGGGGGCAAACCCUGCAUCUUGCGCCUGCACUUGGCACCAUCCGGCUGACUAAAUGGUUGGCCCCAGAGCCAGGAAGGCUGCCAGACUAUUCCAGGGAACUGCUGCAGACUAGGUCAUGUUUGCAUUUGAGGAAUUCAGCGAACAGAGUAUCUGCCAAGCCCGGGCUUCCGUGAUGGUGUACGAUGAUACCAGUAAGAAGUGGGUGCCCAUCAAGCCUGGCCAGCAGGGCUUCAGCCGCAUCAACAUCUACCACAACACUGCCAGCAACACCUUCAGGGUCGUGGGCGUCAAGCUGCAGGACCAGCAGGUGGUGAUCAAUUAUUCGAUCGUCAAAGGGCUGAAGUACAACCAGGCCACGCCUACCUUCCACCAGUGGCGUGACGCCCGCCAGGUCUACGGCUUGAACUUCGCCAGCAAGGAGGAGGCCACCACUUUCUCCAAUGCCAUGUUGUUUGCCCUGAACAUCAUGAACUCCCAGGAAGGCGGCCCCUCCAGCCAGCGGCAGCUGCAGAAUGGACCCUCUCCUGACGAGAUGGACCUCCAGAGAAGGCAGGUGAUGGAGCAACAGCAGCAGCGCCAGGAUUCCCUGGAAAGGAGAGCCUCGGCCCCCGGACCCCUCCUCCCGCCGGGACACCCCUCCACAGUCAGCGCUCCCCUGUCCUGUACGGGACCUCCCCCCCCACCGCCACCCCCAGUCCCUCCUCCACCCACGGGGAUCGCCCCCCCGCCCCCUCCUCCAUUGCCUAGCGGAAGCACCCAGGGUGCCAGCCACGACGAGAGCUCUGGGGCUGGGCUGGCCGCUGCCCUGGCUGGGGCCAAGCUGAGACGGGUCCAGCGGCCGGAGGACGCAUCAGGGGGCUCCAGCCCCAGUGGCCCAUCCAGGUCGGACAGUAGCCGGGCCAGCAGUGGGGGCGGCGGGGGCCUCAUGGAGGAGAUGAACAAGCUGCUGGCUAAGAGGAGAAAGGCCGCGUCCCAGACAGACAAGCCGGACCGGAAGGAGGACGAGGGCCAGGCGGAAGAGCCGAGCACCUCUCUGUCCCCAGGAGGCCGUACUGCCAGUCAGACCCCGAACCCCACAGACGCUGGCCGAAAGCCCUGGGAACGGAGUAACUCAGUGGAGAAGCCGGUGUCAUCGCUGCUGUCCAGAACCCCCUCCAUGGCCAAGAGCCCCGACGCUAAGAGCCCCCUCCAGUCCCAGCCUCAGUCUAGGAUGAAGCCCACAGGCAGUGUGAGCGAUGCUGCCCUGGACGCCUUCGACCUGGACCGGAUGAAACAGGAAAUCCUGGAGGAGGUAGUGCGGGAGCUGCACAGAGUGAAGGAGGAGAUCAUCGAUGCCAUCAGGCAGGAGCUGAGCGGAAUCAGCACGUCUUAGAGCCUGGAGACCUUCAGGGACCGCAGGAGGCCCUCGGACCCCACUGCAGGCUGGGGCCCCCUGGAAGCCGUCCCAAGUGAGAGAGAGCGCCGGCCCCUAACCCCCACCUGGCCCUGCAGGCGCAUUCGCGUUUUUGUACUUUAUUCGCUUAUUUAAGUGUCUGUCUGGGGUGAGCAAGCCCCACCCCACCCUGCUCUCCCUUCCAGGGCCCCUCACGGCAGGUGGGGUGGGCGGGCGCGUCGCGUCGUGUCCAUGGUAAUAAACGGUUCCUGUACACA